UUCCCAUACAACCCAAAAUCGACUCCUUCACGGGAACAUCUUCUCUACGACCGAGCAAAAUCUCCUUCCCCUUGUGCUCCGUCCCGGUGCCAACCUUUCAAAUCUUCCCUUCCUACAACCUUUGCGAUCCCUAGGAAUUGAAAGUUCAAGCGUGUUACUGCAACUUCAAAAGUCGGCAUUCCGUUCUCCUAUCUGUAAAAGCAAUCACUCUUUCUCCAUAAUUCUACCAUGGAGUACCUCUCAUUACACGAUACUCCACAUCGAUACGAAAAUCGCAACAAGAUGUCAGAGGGCAAGUAUCACCAGCAGCACAAUGGCUCUUCACUACCCAGUAUGGCAGCGAACCACGACUCAAGACACUCGCCGCCUAUUCAGCCUGGAGAACAAAGACUCACAUCACAUACUCUCCCUUCGUUCUCCCAAUUUCUCUCCGCCACGCAGCAGGAACCCUCUCCUCCGCAUACCCCUUCACGAAGGGAUGGAUCGAUAGAGAGCUCACCACGCAGGGAGGUUCCAACGUUCAGUGAUCCCAUCUGGCGACGCAGUGAUGAGCCACGGGCUGGUUCGAUGGACUCAACCGCAUCGUUCAACUCUCCUAGGGGUUCCUUUGCGCCUAUUCUACCAACCGUUUCUUCAUCCCAACAAUCGGGCUACCAGCAUCAACGAAGCCAUCCAACUCAUCAUCACCACCGGCCCAGCCUACCAUACCCACCCCCACCAGCCAGCUCAGUAGUCCAUGCUCGUCAUCAAUCGACACCGGCACCUCCUGGGACGCAGUCCCACUACCCACAAGCCGGAUCAAGUGCAGUGCCACAGCACGCUUACCAAACCACUCCCAUCCAGGGAACAGCAUCUAGUUUCGAUCAUCGGCCAAGCAAUUUUCACGAUAGCCACCAGGCAUCACAAGGCUACACGUACGAAAGGCCUGCGCAUGACUACUAUGGACACCCUGCGCACCCUCCAAAUUAUCUCCAUUACGGUCACGGUGCUUACACUCCGCCACCUGCAUCGUACAGCUAUCAAUUUCAUAACCAACAAGGCAUGGACCAGGGAACUUUCAACAGAAAACGGCGCGGAAAUCUACCUAAAGAAGCAACGGGCAUUCUUAAAGCUUGGUUCCAAGCGCAUCGUGAUUCACCUUACCCUGGCGAAGAGGAGAAAUUACAAUUAUGUGCUCAAACCCAGCUCACUCUCAACCAGGUUUCCAAUUGGUUUAUCAAUGCUCGCAGACGAGCACCUCCUCAAAAGUCGGAUCCUCACCGACAUCGCGACCACGACCGGGAGCAAGAUGCUCUCUGAAGCGAUAUAACAAUAUCGAAGCGCCGUAAGAUUACUUGACGGACAUCUUACUUCGCAUUGAACACCGAGACACUUCUCACUGGCAUCGAACUACCCUCGUCGCUCCUUGCUG